AUGAAUCGGCUUGACGAAACUGCGCAAAAAGAGAGUUCGACGGGAAAGGGCUUGUCGGACUCUGGCUAUAAAACAGAGCCAAAUACGAGCCAGGGGAACGCAACAGUGACAAGUGAGGCGGAUAUUGGGAUGAAUUACGAAGAGAUCUGCAAAGCCCUCGCUCCGGAAAUACGCCCAGAGGAGUAUAGAAGAGUAACGGCGACUGUCGAACCUGAGGUCGUCGAGAAAGACCUUUUUCUCCAGAGAAUAAUGAUCAAUGAAGCGUUGUUGCCACUGAGAAUGAUGCUCCCAGAGGGAACUUCAAAGACAGGCCUUCUUUUGAAGAACUUCAGAGGACUUGUAGAAACAUAUCCCAAAGUACUCUCAUUUUAUUUGCCUCUUCUGGAAAUCCACCGCCAUCGAUCAGAGCGAUCCAAGUUCCGCGACAUACUCACUGAAGUAAAAGCAAAUCUGAACAGCGUUAUCGGCAUUCAAAGAGUUUGUGAAAGAAUAGAUGCCAGAUACUUUUCAAAAUCGUCGAUCAUCAGUUUGAAUCCUGAAACAACGAUUAAUUCGAUUCAACAUUACAGUGGCAAUCAAAGUAGCGGUAUGCGUCGGUCGGUCUUCACGUCUUCCUCCCGCCUCACUCAUCCCUCUAUUUCGCGAGACGAAAGCAAUCCAAUCAAAAUCAGAAAGACCGAUCAAAACUCGCCCAAGUCCAACAUUCAGAGUCCAGCAGACAAAUUGCCUGGAAAAGAAAAUGUUCUAGCGGCGGGCGAAGUGAGCCGAAAGAGUGUUACGCCGGAGAAAAUCGCUGUCAACGAUAUCAAAGAAGAGAUCAAGUCGAAACUGGCCGUGCCAAAAGUCGAUCCAGUCGAAGAAAAAGAGAACAUCGAAGUCAGCCGAAAAAAGACCUCAUUCAAAGUGCCAAUUCAAACUCCGCGCUCGGCUUCUGCCAGUUCCAGUAGCCACACCCCUCGGGCUCAGCAGCAGCAGACAACAACGAGGCAAACGAAAACAGUUCAAAUCAAGGGCAAAACGUACCAAAUACUCGACAAGCUCGGCCAGGGCGGAUUCAGCAAGGUGUACAAGUGUCUCGACGAUCAUCAUGGAAUGUGCGCUCUCAAAUAUGUGGAUUUAGCCAAGGUCGACAAGAACAACUUGGACGGCAUCAAAAACGAGAUCUACCACUUGGAAAAGCUCCAAGGAAAGCCAAACAUAAUCCAACUCUACGGGCACGAUAUCCAGGAUAGCAGAAAUUUAUUCAUCAUUCUUGAGUACGGCGAAAUAGAUUUCCAGCAAUAUAUUCUGCGUCAUCCGAAGCUUUCUCCCACCGAUAUCAAAUUCUUCUGGAAACAGAUGGUGACCGCCGUUGGAGUCGUCCAUGACUGUGGAAUUAUUCACCGAGACCUGAAGCCGUGUAAUUUUGUCCUUGUGCAAGGAGAAGUAAAACUGAUAGACUUUGGUAUCGCCAACUCAAUUGAGACAGAUGUGACGAGCAUGGCCUCGGAUAUGAUUGGAACCCUCAAUUAUAUGUCACCUGAGCAACUAAAAGAGACUGAAACUGGCUCAAAAGUUGUAAAAGUUGGCAAGUGGACAGAUACGUGGUCUCUUGGAUGUAUUCUCUAUUUAAUGGCGUAUGGGAAGUUGCCUUUUCAAGAAUUCAAGAAUCAAAUGAUGAAAAUCGCCAAGAUCUGUGACGACUCUCACGUGAUCGAUUUCCCGAUGCACGAAUGCCUCGAGAUCAUGCCAAUGCUGAGACAGUGUCUGGAUCGCUCGCCGAAAUCGCGCCCACUGCCGCACGAGAUCCUCUCAUCCUUUUUUUACUCGGCAAAUUUGGUCGAAAAGCUCAAGCAUGUGCAUUCGUACAUGAGCGACAAAGAGCUGCAGCAACUAUACAAAAUGAUAACAUAA